AUGAUGGAUUGUAUUGUUGGUGAAGCACUGAGCGACGAAAAGAAGUGCCAGGUUGUCUUCGCUAACAUGUGUGAUUGCGGCAUGGAAAACGGCCACCGGAAGAGCUACACAAAAGCCACUGCCGGCGCAGCCGGGGAACCGCCGACCGGCCUGGAGAUGAGAUGCGUGCCUACCAACAGGCUCUUUGGUAAGGGGUUUCGAUUGAAAGCUUCGGUGGACUCCACUGGGGCGGUCAGCAGCGAGGUUUCGCCAAGGGGAGGCGUGCAGCUGCCGGGAUCGGAGGAGGAAGUUACUUACACUGACUACUCCAAGGUGAAGGCCGCAGCGAACGAUGCGAAUGAGAAACUCAGGACCACCCCCACUGAGGCCCAUGACAAAUCCAUUGAAGAUGAGAUGACAGAGCAGCCGAGCGGAUCUUGUGAAGGGAAGUUGACCGCUGCGGUGGAUGCGAUCGUGGCAUUUAACCCAGACAAUAUCUUUGUCAAAGUCUCGACCAAAGGAACCGGCGACUAUGUCAAGACAGAGGCUAAGGUGUCAGGUUGGGUGCGAGCUUCCGUGGAAGCAUCUGUGACGGGAGAAGGCACUUGCUCCUACGAAGCUGUCACGGGAUUUCCCAAGAAACCCGUGAAGAAGAUGUUCUGCUUCAAGGGCGGCUGCGUCAUCUUCGCAAUGCAGAUGCUUGCGACACUGAAGAUAGAAGGCACGCUGACCGGAUCGAUCACGCAAACGUACGACGUAGACUUCUACGUGGAAGGAACGGCCGAGAUCAACACAGGCGAGAUAGAGGAGUCUAAGGUGGAUGCAGUUGUGAAGAACGUCGAGUACAAGGAAGGAAUCAAAGUCGCGGCGAGCGCCACUGCUUCCGUGCGCGUGAGCGUGGGGCCAAAGUUUGUGGUCUGGCCAACUCCGGGACUUCCGUUGACCUUCUUCCCUCAAGCCCACGCGAAAGCGGUCUUGAGCAUCUAUAUGGACAUGGGCAUCACCGGAUUUGCCCUGCCGCCCCCAUUGGACAAGCUGUUCGAUGACCUCAAAGACAUGAUAAAGGAUGCCAUGGUCGAUAGUUUAAACAGCAACAGGCGACAAGGUGACCCCAAAGGGAAGUGUCUUCCGGCGGGUACCGACACAGUGGUGAAAAAAGUUGGAGACACAGCUGCGACGAUUGUUGCAAAAGUCAUUGCCAGCCUUGGCCUCCCUUUGCAGCUGCAGUUGGUGGAGCUCUUGAGCUCUGACAAGCUCUUUUGCAAGGAGCCUUGGAAGACGGAUGGCUUCGAUGAGUCGCCCUGCGCAGAACAACUUGGCUGCAGCGGGUCUGCUGGCCCUGACGGCCUGCCCGAGCCCGGGGUGGUGAAGCAGCCCGCCUCGCCGACCUUCACGGAAGUGACACCCGAAGGUGACCAUCAGUGCAAGACACAUGUUACACACCUCGCCUUCGGAGAUCACUUUCUUGAGAUCGGCAGCUUCCGCAUCGCCGAGCACGAUUGGGGGGAGUGGUUGUCCGUCACGCACAAGGACCGCUCGAAUGCGAUCAUCCUUUUCAACAAGGGCUGGCAGGCUGCCAACCAGGACACCAAUUUCCUCUCGAAUCCGAGAUGGAGGAACGAGGCCUGGACAAGGGGCAGAGGUGCAGAACACGUGAAAAGCAGCAUCAAAAUGGGCUUCCAGUUCAUCCAGAUUGGAAGCUUCCGCUUGGGCGCGGACGACUUUGCUCUCAUGGUUUCGCACGUGGACCAGGCGACCCCGGGCUGUCUUCGCGAGUGGAAGUUCAACCACGACAUUCAUGGUCCAUCAGCCCGCACCGUCCGCGACCGCCCAGAGGGACCUCCGACGGGAAUCAGCGUGGGAUGGGCGUAUCUCCAGAUCGGCCAGUUUCGCUUGGGAUACACCGGUUCUUCUGUGGUGAUAUUGAAUGCCAAGGGUGGAAUGGCCACCAACAGGCUGAUUGAGCAGUGGCACAGCAAUGGUCAUCUUGACGUCAAGAACGUGGCAGCCCUUGACAACGAGGGCCUUCGCAAAAGCUUCGUCAACCGACCCGCGCAUAAAUUCCCAUGUCCUCAGAUCGGCGAUAUGGCCUUUGGCCCCUGCGAUCAGAGCUUUGGUGCAUGGGGCGACCGCUUCGUGCAGCUCGGCAAGUUUCGUCUGGCAGCCAUCGACGCCAACCAUUUCAGUGUCUCUCACAGCGAUGGCUGGACUGCACAAAUCUUCCGAAGCGAUGGAACAACGCACCCAGGACCCCGAAAAGACUUCAAUUCGUGGGAUAGGCCGAUCGGGUUUCCUCACGGUGUCACCUUCGGGAGAAACUUCUUGCAGAUUGGCAACUUUCGCUUGGCAGCCAUGGACGGCAACCACCUGACCAUCUCCCACAUGUCUGGUAGCACUGCCGUGAUUUACCGAGGGGACGGGCUCGUAUUCCCGGGAACAACAGACUGGAAUGCCUGGCGGGGGGAGUUCGUCGCCGGGCCCGCCAGCGGCGUCCGGUAUGGGAAGCACUUCCUUGAGAUCGGCAACUUCCGGCUCGGGGACACGGAUGGGGCUCAUCUCGUGGUCAGUAAGGGACACCAGACCAUCCGAAUCUUCAGAUGGGAUGGGCGCCUUUUCGGGGGAGUUGUGGGCUUUGGACAGACCUUGGCUGAGACGCCGUUGCAGUCGCAUUGCGGCCUCAUCCAGAGCAGCACCGGCACCUGUCCCGGAAUCACCGCAGGUGACGGCUUCCUGCAGUUCGGGGACUGGCGCCUGGUCGUCCACUCGGACCACAUGCACUUCUCGAUCUCUCACCGAGAAGGCCAAACUGCCCUCAUCUUGAGCGGGACUGGCAUCGUCGUUAACGGACCCAACGCAGGCUGGGGCGGCUGGCACCCUUACUUCGAGCCUCGCCAUCCAUCGGUGAGAUUUGGCGACCACUUCAUCGAGUUACACAGCUUUCGCAUUGGCUCUAUCCGUCACGAGAACAAAGACUACCUCACCAUCUCGAGUGGGCACUUCCAUCAUGGGCGACUCUCCAUACUGGCAUUUUCGCGUGAGGGCGUGCAUACACACCUCCAUUUCGGCGGCUUGUAUUCUGGUCCACAUGCGCGCGUCCUCGGCGCGCCGAAGGGCAUCACUUUCGGCGAUCGCUUUGUGCAGAUCGGCAAGUUUCGAAUCGGAGACGUGGAUGGAAAACGGUUCUCCGUGGCGCACGUGGGAGAGGAUGCCAACGGCCACCUCAAGCAAAACGAUGACAAGACCAUUGUCGUGUACAAAAACGAUGGUUCGCGCGCAGAAACCCCACAGCCAGCAGCGAACGAGGACAUCGGUGACACCACUGUGGGCCGCCCCUUCACACCGUGCAGGCCUGUGGUUCAGCCGGAGCAUGAUAUCACCGACCGAAAUCGCACGGUGUUCCAUGCAUAUCCCUUCAAGGGCUUCCCAAAAGGAGGUCCGAUAUUAUCGGUUCCCAGAGCCUCCAAAACCCCGUAA